GGUUGUGCUGAAUAAGUCUAUUUCCAUACAAUCAAUUAACAAAAUGUGCAAAGUGUUGUAGCUAAUAAGAGUAAAAAAUGAAUUUGUCACCAAAAGAUAGCUUAACAGGUGAAGACAGGGGAAUAAAAAGACUUAGAGUUGAUAGUGAUUCAGAGGAACCUGACAAUAACCCCAAUGAACAAAGUGGUUGUAACGAUAAUAUCUUAAAAAAACGUAAGAAUAAUAUUGAUUAUAAUGAUGAAAAUAGCAGUGAUGGUACUGAGUCUGAAUAUACACAAAACUCAGAACCUGAAAAAGUUUGUGAUGAUAAUACUGAAACCAGGGAUACGAUUGUAAGUACAACAGAUGACCAAGAAGAUUCCAAUGUUAACAUUAAAGAAGUUGAAGUUGAGGAUAAAUUAAAAAACAAUAAAAAUGAAAUUGUAUCAGAACAUACCACCAAUCAAGAAACAAGUUGUGAUCAAGAAGGUGAAGUUGAAGUAGCAAACAUUGAAAUGGAAAAUGAUGAAAAAGAACCAAAUCAAGAUAAAACAGAACAAUCAGAUGCAACCAGUCAAGAUGUUAACAAAGAAAUUACUUCAAGUAAUUCUUCUAAUGAGAGUUUAAGUCAGAAAAAUUUAUCAGAUGCAGAAAUGAAUGAAGAAAUAGUCAAACCUAAAACCAGAAAUAUUACAGAUCUUUUUGAUUCAGAUUCUGAAGAAAGUGUGCAUAAUGAAGACAUAAACACUGGCAACACAGUUGAAAAAAAUUGUUCAGACACAGAACCAACACAUAAUAAAACUAAUCCUUUUGAUUCUGAUGAGGAAACUAUUAAGCCUGUGGCAUAUAAAAAAUCUAAAUCUAGUAAUAAAGAAAAUGAUGAAUCAACAAUGAUGAGUCAGAAGGAAGCUGCAUCACAAAAAAAAGAAAUACAGUCUGAAUCUCAAAGGAUGUUAAGAGAAUCAAAUAUUUCAUUACCUUACCACAAACCCAAGUCAUACAAUUUGAAAGAAUUUCUUGCCAGAAGAUCAAAACUAACUGCAGGAAUUCCAAAAAUAUCAAAUCAGCCUCCUUCUGUUGCAAUAAAAAUGCCAAAAGAACAAUUAGAACUUAUUUCAAAGAAAAUUGAAGAAAGAGAAAAAGAAGUGAAGGAAUUUUACAAAUCUGAUAGUGAGAGUGAAGAUCAUGGUGACAGUGAUGAAGGUGAAUCAGAACAGUGCAAUGAAAAAAAUGACUUAAUAAACAAUAAAGAUGAUACUACUUCCAAUGAUGCUGCCCCUACCCCUGUAGUUACAGAAAAAAAUAGUGAACAGUUAGAUCACGAUGUAAAUAUUAAUGAACUCCAGGAUGAUACAGAUAAUGUCCCUACUGCAACCACAUCUCAAGAAUCAGUUAUGGAAAAGGAUAAUAUAAAUGAAAGUAACUCUGCAAUUGAAAAUGAAAGUGGUCCUAAACUUGAUGAAUUAGAAAAUGAAAUUGACAAAAAUGAUGCAAAUACAUCAGAAAAUGCUGAAUUUCAAUUCAAUAUUGAUGACCUAGAUGAAUCAACAAAUAAACCUGCUUCAGAAAAUAAAAUAAAAUCGGUUCUACAAAAAGUAACUGAGAAAUUUAACAUAACGCCAAGAUUAAGUGGCAAUCCAGAUGAGGUAAUUGAUUUGGAAUCAGGUGUUGCCAAAGAAAGUGAAGUCGUUAAACUGAAGAAACGUUUUAGCCAACAUUUGUCCAUCAAAUCACUUCAUAAACAUCAAGUUAAAGUAAAUAUUGUCAGUGUUACUGGAGGUGAAAUUCAUAAAGAAACAGUUGCUAUGAAAAUUGAUGAUGAUGAUGAUAAUCCUGAUGUACAAGAAGAAAAACCAGGUGCCAAAUUACAGAAAUUAAGAGGGAAAUUGCAAAUGCAAAUGGCUUUAAAAAGAUCCGAAUUAUGGCAGCAAAAAGCUGACAGUAUAAGUAAAACUAGUGUCAAUGGAGAAAUUGUAACUAAGGAAGGCUAUGAAGAAGACGCAAAUGAUGAUAUAUUAGAUAAUGAAGAUGAGGAAGAAUUGACUGAAACUGAGAACGAGUCAGAGGGUGAAGAUUUGCCAGAAAAGCCAAGGAAGAAAAGUGCUUUUGUUGAUGAUGAAGCUCAAGAUGAAGAUGAAGAGAAUGACCAAGAAGAUGAUGAAAACGAUGCCGAUUGUGAUCAUGAAAAUGAUGAUGGUGUUAAAGAAAAAGAAACUGAUGAAGAAAUUAACGAUGAAACGUCGCAACAAUCAAAAUAUUCAGAUGUUUAUGAAAACAUGGAUGAUAUUAUUCCAAGAAAAAAGACUUUAAAAAGGAUCAUAAAAGGUUUCACUGAAGAUUCAGAUGAUGACAGUAAUGAUACAGACACUAUAAAAAAGAAUAUUAUCCCUCCAAAUGACGAUCUUGCUGUGACUGAAGAUGAUGUUCCUCCACCACAUCAAACUGAAUCAGCUAAAACUCCCCAAAAAUCAAUAACCCAAUCAAAAUCUGACUUGGAAUUUUUGACUCCUGUUACUUUUAUUACAGGUCUUCAGAAUUUAAAUUCGGCUUCCAAGUUAAAGGAUUCGCCAAAUUUAAAUAAAUCACCCUUCCCCAUAAAGGAACCUACUGAACCGUCUCCAUUUAAAAAUCCGAACUGGCAUGUCGCCCUUCAGAAACAACUAUUCAGUGAACCUGAAAAUUCAGAUUCCCAGCCUGACAGCAUAUCAAACACUGACUCUGAAAUGUGUACACAAGAUGAAAGAGAUUCAAAUGUUUGUCCAAGUGAGCCUUUGAAUAUUACAGAAAAUAGUUCCGAAAAUUUGGAUGAAUUAGCUAAUAUGUGUACAGGCGGUUUUCCUUCGUCAUUAAAUGCAGACGAUAAAGAGGCAGAACCAGUACCUACAACUCAAGACUUGUUAAACGUUUGCUCUGGGGCGUUCACUGGCGUGUCAAAUACCUCGGAUAGUAUUUCGUAUGAGAUUAAUCCAACAAAAGAAAUCAAAAGUCUCGGUGAUGAUCAGGACCAAUUGAUCUCUCAACUUCUAGAUGAGGAAGAACUAGAAAACUUUAAAAAGAAAUUCACGUCUCCUGAAAAGAAGAGCAAUAUAUUGGAGGAUGGUGAAGAAGUUGUAGCGACUGGAGGUUUCAUUGAUUCAGAUGAUGAAGAUGAGAACAUAGAGAUAAAAAAGAAGAAAAAGAAGAAACUUGUCUUUUCAGAUGACGAAGAUUCUGAUGAUGAAGGAGCUGAAAGUGAAGAAAUAGACUUACACGACAAUGAUGAUGUCGAAGACGUAGAGGAGGAACCAAGAAAUGUUGAUUACGAUUCAGAAGAAAACGAAAUUGUGAAUGAGGAUGAUGAUGAAGGACCUGUAGUACGUAAAGCAACGGACUUCUUUGAUAAAGAAGCUGAAUUGUCAGAUUCUGAAUGGGGAAGUGCAGAUGAGGACGAAAAGGGCUUGGAUGCAUUUGAAAUGGAAUUGGGCGAUGGGGAACAGUUUGAUGAAAGUAAAUUAAGAAACGAUUUAGAAAAGAUUCAUAUGCGACGAUUGCAGGACGAUGACAAUCGUGACAUAAAGAUUCUUCAAGAGAUGUUGCUUGAAGACGGAGAACUCCACGGAACUGGCAGGGAGAGGCAAUUUAAGUGGAAAAAUAUUGAUUCUAUGGAUAACGAAGAAGAAAAGAAACCCGAUGACGAUGACGUUUAUCUGGAUGAGGAAGAAAGUGAAGAACAAUGGAGAAAAAAACGCCACGAACGGGAAAUGUUCUUGAAAGAAAAACUUGCAAGAAAAUCUGCAAUACAAGGUGAUAGUGAUGAUGAUGACAAUUUGGCUAAUGAAAGUCACAUUUUGAAGUUAGGGCAAAAAAUACUCAUGAAAAGUCAAACCAGUUCUCAAAAUACUAGCAUGGAAUCAAACAAGGUUGAAAGAGUUAAACAACCAUUUACUAAUUUAUUGUCAAAACGAGGUUCAUUUUUAACCAGAAACGACCAAGUGCUACAGAGAGUCGCAGAAUUUAAUAAAGUAUCAGAUUCAGUAGGGGGUACCUCAACCGCUAAAAAUUCUAGAAACUUCGUCUUUCAAUCGGUCUCUCAAACAAAAUCCUUAACCGAGGAUAAGAAAAGGAAGUCAGAAGGUGGCACCCCCAAUGUCUUGAAAAAAAUUAGGCUCUCUUCAAAUUUCAGUCCACUGGUUGGAAAAAAAAAACUGGAGAAAUCUACCAGAGCCAAGGAACUAUUUAAACCAUAGACUGAUUUUAUAAAAUAAUUUAAAUUAUAUUGUUUUUAAUUAGUGUUCUAUUAAUGUUGAAUAAAAAUUUUAUUAUACUGAA